AAACCAAGGGGCAGGCUAGCGUCAGUGUUAAUUAAGAGAUUCGCGACUGAACACUUUCGGGAAACAUAAUUUUAUUAUUAUUCUAUUUAUUGCUGUGUGAGCUCUGUCAGCUGAGGAUCGAUGCCACGCACAACCAAGAUGAGAGGUGAUCGACUGCUGCUGUGUGGUUGUUGUACGGUAGCUUGUGACAGUUAGUCUAGUUGUUAUCUAUCAUACAGUAUCUUUAGUAAAGCACCCUGUCUGACGGUCAUGUCUGUCUUGAUUGGUAGAUCAAAGGCGAAAUUGUGGCUGGUUGAUGGCGGCACGGAACGGCAUGACCAGAACAGAUCUACUCACGUUAUGAGCCGCAACGAGCAUCGCAGCGUAGCAUUCCUGACGGGCCCACUCGACUCGACUCGACUCGACUGUCACUCGACUCACUGACUGAUGUCUGGAAGAAGAACCAACGAACGAUAACCAGUGGCCGGGCCCAAUGAACAACAAGAGAGCAAAAUUAAUCAAUAAAAAAUGCCCAAGUCAGAGUAUUCAAGAGCGGGAAGCUCUUCGGCAAGAAGGAAGAAGAAGAAGACAAGGUCUUUGUCCACCUCCCUCGUUGCCAUAAUAUCCGUCCUUGCGUUGCUGGUAUGGUGGGAAACCAAAUUGCAAGAUGGCGGGAGCAUCCGAUCCUUACUCCAAGCCUACACGGACUCUCUCGUGUUCCAUAGAGAUCGGGACGAAGAUCCAACCUUGUUUUGUCCGGCCUUGCAAAAGGCAGUACUACGCCACGAUGCAACAACAGGAACCAGAAGAAUGGCAGUUCAUGCCUUUGUCUGCAACUCGGGACAUUUGCCUCUCUUGCUCAACUCGUUGAUAUCCAUCCAACGGCUAGUAUCCUCGGCAGUAGUACAUGAUGUAGUUUGGAUGCCCAUUAUUGUCUUGGCCAUGAAUGAGGACCUCUGUCCACAACUUUGGCAGCGACUGCACAAGCAGCAAGGCAGCAAUAAUAAGAAUCUACGGAACAUACUACUGUGCAUCCCGGAGUACGACAAGAAAAUCCUGGAAGAAAUGCAAACCGAUGCCAACCAGACGUAUCAAGAGUACCUUUCUAUUUUCAAGCAGUCCAAGAACAUGACACUCACGGACACUGCGAGUUGGGGGACCGAAUCACACAAGACACUCAUCAAUGCCAAGUUGUUUGCCUUGCGAGAUAUCCUUCACUGUGGCAUCGAUACUUUUCUCACGGAUGUCGACGUGGUCUUUUUGAAAGAUCCAUGGCCCUACUUGGAACAACAAGAACAAGAUCAUGAUAUUGUGGGACAGAACGACACCAAUCCAACUUACAAACUCAACUUGAAUUCGGGGUUUAUGUAUUGGAGAGACACGAGUCAAAACCGGAAUCUCACCCAAACUCUUAUUCAGAACAUGAUUUUGGAUCGCAGCGACCAAACACAAGUCAAUGAGCUGCUCUUUGAUCGACAUGUUCCGGUGAAGAUUCUACCAUCCAUACAGUUCCCCAAUGGCAAUAUUCUGGGUCAAAUGAACGAUACUCAAUUGUUCUCACAAGCUGUGGCGGUUCAUGCCAAUUGGAAUAAUCACCUCGACGAUAAGACACAAGUAUUCAAAUCAAGAAACUUGUGGUUUGUACAAGAAGAAGAUCACGAGUGGAAUACUACCGGCACGGUACUACUGCAGGAUAGACAGACCCCUACUGCAAGCAAUGGCUAACCAAAGAAUCCGAGCAGGAACGAAAAAGUGGUGAGUUUCUUUUGCACAAGCCGCCUACAGACAGCAAAAAGUCCGUUUCUAGCCCAGUGAUGUAAUUUUUGCUGGUAUGUCUUGUGUUUGGCUCCGUCCUGCUCCUGUCGCCUUUCAUCCGAACUUGCUCUAACGAAUCCAAGGGGUCCUCGCAGCUCGUUUCCGGUGGACCCUCUUGUCUUGCAAUCUCGCGUUCGGAGCGGCAAGCCAACGUGUCACUGGCUAUGGUAUUCGAUUGGAUCGG